AGCAUCCCUUACGAUAACUUUGUCUUUGCUUUGCAGCCACUUCAGGGAAAAUUUAUUUUAGCUGCUCUUUCUCUGGUCCUGGCUCCUUAAGCUAGAUAUAGUUUUCUCCGGUUAACCAUGGCUCAUGAACUCUAUACUCUGCUGAUACUAGCUUUAAUUGUCUCAUAUGCGCCGGUGGUUAUUCCUUCGAGUUUUAGCUAUCCUGCAGUUUUUAACUUCGGUGAUUCAAAUUCUGAUACUGGUGGUCUGGUUGCCGGAGUGGCUUUUCCAGUAGGACCUCCUAAUGGACAAACCUACUUCCAGGAACCGGCAGGGCGGUUUUGUGACGGCCGUUUGAUUAUCGAUUUUCUGAUGGAAGCGAUGGACCAUCCAUUUCUGAGUCCAUAUCUGGAUUCUGUAGUUGACCCUAACUUCCAAACCGGGUGUAAUUUUGCAACCGGAGGGUCUACUGUACUUCCAGCAAAUCAAUAUUCUAGAAGUCUGUUUUCAUUUGGAAUUCAGGUGGCUCAGUUUAUCAGAUUCAAGGCUCGGGUUCUUGAAUUACUAGCAAAAGAUAAGAACCUUGAGAAGUACCUCCCUCUGGAACAUUUCUUCAAACAAGCACUUUACGUGUUUGAUGUGGGCCAGAAUGAUCUCGAUGGUGCAUUAUACUCGAGAUCAGAACGCCAGAUGCGAGCUUAUAUUCCCGGAAUCUUGUCAGAGUUUGAGACGGGUCUUCAGAAAUUAUACAACGAGGGUGCCAGGAAUUUCUGGAUUCAUGGGACAGGGCCACUUGGCUGCUUACCCAGAAUUAUCGCAACAUUUGGGAGAAAAGCAUCAAGUCUCGACCAGAUUGGGUGUGUUAACGCACACAACAGAGUAGCAAAUGCUUUCAACAAUCAAUUACACGAUCUUUCUACAGAGUUUCGAUCACAGUUUCCUGAUGCUAAUGUCACUUAUGUGGACAUCUUCUCAAUUAAAUGGAACCUCAUUUCAAAUUUUUCUCAAUAUGGCUUCAAGCAGCCUUUAGCAGCGUGCUGUGGAUAUGGUGAGCCGCCAUUAAACUUUGACAACCGGAUUGCUUGCGGCGAAACCAAGAAUUUGAAUGGGAGCACAGUGACUGCAAGCCCUUGCAACAAUACCGCUGAAUACGUGAAUUGGGAUGGAAACCAUUAUACAGACGCAGCAAAUCGAUAUGUUUCAGACCAAAUCCUGUCAGGAAAUUACUCUGACCCACCUCUGACAGUAAACGGGUCAUUUAAUUACAAACCAAAGUUCAUUAACUACAAAAUGUUAUUGUGACUGGUUAGUGGUUUCACAUAAAUGCCAAAUGGAUGCCAAGAUCGUACAAAUUCCAUUAGAAGCUAAAGAAAUAAUCUGAGAUUUGUAGGGUUUACAACAGAAAGAGAAGAUUUCCAAUGUUGUUCGAAUUUGUGUUAGAUUUGGCUCUACGUGCUGUCAGCGAUCCUUUUCGCUGUGUUUAAAGAAUGAGAAUUGUGAAAUUCAUCUUUUAUUGAAAAAAGAGAAAUUAUUUUUACGUGAAUAAUG